AUGGGUCUGGAUGAGUGUCUCAUGAGCGCCAAGGCUCGUCUAGUCAUGGUAGCCUUUGUGGACCUAAAGGAUGAGGAUACUGCCGACAUCAUGAGGAUUUUGCAGGAUAUAAGUCAUGAAAACAAACGCCUUAACCUGGCCCAACGGUUUGGCAUUACUCUCCUACCUACCUUCCUUUACUUCCGAAGCUGUCAGCAGUUGGGGUCGCGUGUGACAACGAAGGAAGUUAAGCUGAAGAAGGAUGUUGCAAAGUACAGCCGGAUAUAUUUGUCCUCUCCGCAGCCUUAG